CCAAUAUGCCAAUUGCUACGGAAUUCACGUGACGGUUGUGAGAGAGAAACCCUCCAAAAGAACUCUGCAACCUCCCAUCCUUUCCGCUCAUGAAGCAGCCCCCCAGAUCCAUCGUGGAGGGGCGUUUAUCCACCUUGAUCCUGGUGUUAGCAAUUGUCUGCCAAACUUCGUUCACACAAAAAAUGGACGAUAUGUGGAAGCUUGAGCACCAACAUCCGUUUCUUAUCCGGUACUGGCUUCAGAGCCCACAUUCAACUCCAUGUAUCGUUCUAUUUUCCCACACGAAUAUCUUACCGCCAGCCUUGUUUCCAUAUCACAGAAAAGCAGCUCAAGGACUAAAUCACCUGAAUCACGUCGGAAAUCGGCUCAUAGGGAUACCUUAGACUUGAUUAUCGGCUACCGUCAGCCUUAAGUCUUUCCAUGUGAUAGUUGAUUG